AUCUAAUAGCAAAACUCAAAGAGCUUCAGAGAGUUGCUGUGAAACUUCAAGAACAAUCUUGGAUUCUUUUUGAAGUGGUGGACGAUGGAGAAUAAUGAUGCAUCACCCUUUUCUCCGGCGAACCCACAUUUCUUCCAGCGUCUUCUUUCCGGUUUCCAGAGCCACCUCAAAAUUCCUCUGACGUUCUUCUCCAAGCAUAUAGAGGGAAACCACGAGGGUAAUACUGUUAAACUGAGAUCAGAUUCUUCGGACAGAACAUGGAAAGUGAAGAUGGAAGGCCGUAUGAUAACUGAAGGUUGGACAGAGUUCGCCAAGGCACAUAAUCUUAGGGUCGGUGACUUUGUUAUCUUCAGACACGAAGGAGACAUGUUGUUCCAUGUCACUGGUUGCUGUGAGAUCCAAUACGUACAGUCUGUUAGCAACUACAAUAAUAAAGAGGAGAGUGACGAAAUUGGAGAAGAAUCUUCGUCCAAGCUAACAUGUUUUAGCCAAUCUGUGACGGCUUCAAAUCUAUCAAAAGGAGCUGUGGGUGUGCCCUUAGAUUUUGCAAGUCAAAAUGGUUUGAACAAAGGGAGGCGUGUGAUAGCUUUGAGGAACCGAGAAGGAAAGACGUGGGAAUCUGAAUUAAGGACAACGAGUUCUGGUCAGGUUUUCAUAUGUCGAAACUGGAGAAGUUUUUGCACGGCGAGUAAGUUAAAAGUUGGAGACUCUUUCCAAUUUAAACUGCUUCAAAACACGGAGAGGCCUGUGCUCCAGCUCUGUAGCCGCUCAAAGGAGACUCUAUCCGAAGAUACACUCCGGUUUGUGAAGAUAACUCCUACAGCAAGUAGCCUUGAGACUGGUAAACAGAAUCUACCGCUACAUUUCACGAGAGCGAACCAGCUCAAGAGGCCGGGGAAGAUAAUAUUAGUAGACAAAGACAAAAUCGAGUGGCCGAUGAAACUUAAGGAAGAUAUUAGAAGUGGAACUAUGUCCAUCAUUGAUGGUAAGGGCUGGAAAAGAUUCUGUGCAGCGAAUGAAGUAGUCGUAGGAGAGUCUCUAACUCUGGAGUUGAUGAUCCGACCUGGGAGACUUCCUUUGCUCAAGUUUUGCUCUAAGAUGGACCAACCACCGCUUAAAACAAAGGCUGGAGGACGCAAGAGAGCUCGAGUUCAGAGACUGAGACAGGAGAGUAGAUUGGAGCAUGACGUCUCAAAUCAGGAGGCUAAGGUUAAAACAGAGUGCUCAAGCUAAUAUAACUACUAUCCAAGACACAACAGUUCUUCCAAUGUUCGAGUUCUGCUCCGUUGUCAACAAAACCUAGUAGCUGUUUAUGAUUUUGAACUAGUUGGCUAAGAGUCAAAGCGUCUGUUUAUUGCUUAGGCAA